CAGAGCCCGGAGAGCCGCCUUUAGGAGACAUUCAUCAGACUGAAGAAAGUUGCUUCCAUCAGUACUGCUGGGACUGCAGAGACCAGAAACAGAGACAGAGGACAGACACAGAUGACUGGCAUGGUUGCUGAAUCUAUCAGCUCCUGCAUGUACCUGUCACCAGGCAGCGAGGUGUAAUCGCUGGCUGCUAUUACCUAAUCCCAGACAGGUCAUGGUCAUGGAGAAGACCACACAAGAUGGGAAUUCACUUUUGCUAUUUCUGGAGGCUGUUGUGAGGGGAAACUUGGAGGAACUCAUUGGACAUCUAAGUACUGAUCCCAGACUUAUAAACACUCAGCAUCCAGAGUCUGGGGACACAGCUCUUACAGUGGCUGCUGGGGAAAACAACUUGGAGGUCAUCACACUUCUUUUGGAACAUGGAGCAGAUGUCACCUUGUACAAUUCUAGCAAUCUAACCGCUGUACAUGUUGCUAAUGAUGUGAUCCGUACACAGCUGCUAACUGCUGUUACCAGAACGGAGUUUCCACAGCUAGGCCUGGCACAGGCAGCUUGGCAAGGAGACCUGGAGACGAUUCAGCACCAGCUGUCCACAGAAUGUUGCCAUUAUGUAAACUCUAGGAAUGAACAAGGCCUAACACCAGUGAUGUUGGUGGUACGUGAUUUAGACCUUUUUGUUGGCCUGGCCAUGGAGACGGAGUACAGACCUUUGGCUGUGCUAGAAGAGCUACUGAAACAUCAUGCAGACACUCGGCUCCUGGACCCAAAUGGAAAUUCUGUAAUAAACUACAUAUCAGAGUCAAAAAAUCCCCUGAGGGAGCAGCUGACAGCCGUUUUGGAGAAGUCCCCACCUCUGUCAGAAACACAAGACGAAGCCUUCUGUGACUUUUGUCCUGACACAAAGCCUCCAUUAUCCGACACACCACUCCCUAGACUGAACAGCCCGGACAUUCACAGCAGAGUCCCUGGGCAGGAGCUGAGCUGUGAUGGGCUGCACACUGGUUUCGUAAGCGAGGAUCUAAACCCUGGAGCAGAGCUUGGAACUGUUGCAGACAUUGAAGAAACAAGCACAUCUAUGCACACAAUAGAAACUGCAGACCAAAUGAAGAAAAAUUCCAUUCCCCAACACGGGUGCACUGACCCUUCCCUAGAGCACUUGACCCUGCGAUCAGACUCUAAGAGACACCGGUCACCUCUUCACUUGAAGAAAGAGGACGAUGUUUCCCAGUUAGAAAGGCUGGGGCUUGGUUACCUGAUCCAGCAUUCACAAUCCAAUCCUAACAUUUCAGAAUCGCACUUCAGAACAGACCCGCUCAGGGGUAUAAAAUACAUAAAGGAAAACAUUAGGCAAAGACUUGGCUCAGCUGACUCUUCAAAGGACAGCCAGACUUAUCCGCCAUCAAGUCAUUCCCCUCGAUGUUCUCAGUCUGUUAGACUUGUUCCUUUGUCAAAGAAUGCUCUGAGAAAUAAAGAAGUCAACAUAUCAUAUAUUGAUCUAAAUUCUAACAGCUUUACUGCUUUGAAAGCUGAUGGACAACUCUGUGGACAUAAUACCCUUAGGACAUCUAUGGACAAUUCAGAAGACGUUAUGUUGUCUAAAGAUCUGGUUCAGAUUAGCUGUCCUAGUUUCAGUUCUGAAAGUACUCAUGGCCUUAUAAAUGAUCCAUCAAGAAUCUCACAGCAGAGUAUUAUAACUGGUUCUGGAAGAUCCAAAACUGUAGAGGUCUCAGAGGAUGUUGACAGUGCUGGACUACGCAGAAAUGUAGAGCCUGAGCUACCUGUUAAUGACAAGACACAAAUAAGAAGUUCUACCGAAUCAGGGUCUACCAUGCAAGUUAAACAGGAGAUCUGUGAAGUUAUCAUGAGAAACAUACCCAGUGAAAAUGAAAAAUAUGUGCCAGAUCCAAGUGAUGAGACAGAGAAGGUAAAACAGAAAGACAGCAGUUCAUCAAACAGAAAAGCUGAAGAAAAUGUGCAGACUCCUGAACCAGUAAAUGAAGAUGCCAGAAAAAGAAAUUAUCCCAUAAAGAGAGACAUAUCAAAAAUCCCCAGACAAGGUCCUAUGCCUUUUGUACAAAUAAACUUCUCAAAGCAUGGGGAAGAUAAGAAAGGCAGAGAACAGGUUAUUGCAAUACGAAAGACAAACCUGGUAUCUCUACCUCACAACAGCCAUAGUUUCAACAUACAUGCUCAGAAAGAGAACCAAAAGACUAAGAAAAAGAAAAAGACAAGAAGCAUGUCUGCUCCAGAUUGUGCCACAAAGCAACAAAGACCACUUUUCAUCAGCAAAAGAACACAUAGCAAGGUUGUUCCACUGCCUGCCUUGAUAUUUUCUUCUGUGCCAACAUCUUCAAAAGUGUCAAACAUGUUCACCCACACAGAUCCAAGCAGUAUUAAUAGAAACAGGCAACGUUUACAAACCCAAUCAUGCCUUUGCACAACAAAAAGACCAAACUCAUCAAUGAAUACUCCCAAGCCUUCUAGGGCAAAGACUUCCCUGGAUUUCCAAGACUUGGAGUACAGCGAUAUGUUUGCAGAGAUAAAAUCGCAGGACAGUGGACCAGUGAUAAGCCAAAUGUUUGCAACCCCAGUUUAUGCCAAUACUCCUAAGUCUUCCAGAGAAGCCAACUCUGCUUCAUCUAUUAGAAGUUGUUCCUCUAAAGGAAGUCGUGCAAGUUCAUCACGGGAUAGCAGUGCAAGAGGUUCAAAAAGACAAAAUUCAAAAUAUAAAAAGAAUCCAUCUGCAACAAGCCAUCGCCGCAAAAAUUCAUCGACAAAGCAAUUGGUUACAGAGGAUGUUGAAAAGAGCACAGAGAAACCAGUUAUCAUUUCUGACAUGGACAGGGAAAUCAAAACCAUAAAACAAGAUGAGGUUUUUAGUGGUAAUGAUAUAGCUUCUCAAUUGAAUAGGAUCACCGACCCUAAUCAACAAAACUUUUCAUGCUUGUCAAUAAUUAAAGAAGCCACUAUAGAGAACUCUCUCACACCAAAUGGGACGGGCAAUAUAACCUUGAUUGAGGGGUUUAGAGAGCUGGAAAAAAUAUUUAAAGAUGUAGAGUCUGGUAAACCUAAACUUUUGAGUCGCACUCUCCCAACAGAGACCAUUAAAACAGAAAGUGUUCAGCAGGGCGUAUGUCCAAUCAACAGCAAUGAGCAGAAUGAGGAUGGUCCUGGUGUCCAAGAUCCCAAUAUAGGAAGUCUAAUGCAAUCACUGGAGAAACGUUGUGCUGCUGCUGAGCAGUCUUCAGGGGCAGUUCCACAAUCCCAGCAAGCAGCAGCUCCAGAACACUUAACUUACAAUGAACAUUUUUGGAGGGAAAUCUUAAUUGAGAACAGUGUAUAUGAAAACAAUUUAGACCAACAAAGUGUAAAUUCCCAGUCACACAAAAGCAUUGACAACUGUACAGGUAGUGAACGGCUUAUGGAUGAACUUAUCUCACAUAUGGAAAAAAAUCUAUUUGUUGAAGAGUCGUCCAGUGAUACAAAUAUAUUGGAGAGUCGAAGCGGGAAAGCUGAUCAAAGUCUAAACUGUCAAGACCAACAGGACAAUACUGUAAGCAGUUAUACAUUUAGCAGAGACCAAAGUCUUGAAGACAUUAGGACAAAUACCAACAAUCCCAACCAGACUGAAAAUCACUCAGAUCUAAGCCACAAUGACAACUCAAUCCUUUGGAUCAAGGGAGAAGUAUUGGGAAGAGGUGCCUAUGGAACGGUGUAUCGAGGUCUCACAAGUCAAGGAGAGCUGAUUGCAGCUAAGCAGGUGAUGUUACAUGGAUCAGACCCUGCGGUGGCUGAGAAGGAGUACAGAAAGCUACAAGAAGAGGUGGACUUGCUGAAAACGCUGAAACACGUCAACAUCGUUGGUUACUUGGGGACAUGCCUCCAAGACACAGUGGUGACCAUUUUUAUGGAAUUUGUACCUGGAGGCUCAAUUUCCAGCAUUUUGAAACAUUUUGGACCGCUGCAAGAAUGCAUUAUUAGCAAAUACACAAGUCACAUAUUGCAAGGCAUUGCCUAUCUGCACAAAAACAGAGUAGUUCACAGAGACAUUAAGGGCAAUAAUGUAAUGCUGAUGCCAAACGGGGUGAUCAAGCUGAUUGACUUUGGUUGCGCAAAAAGACUUAAUGGUCUGAGCAUGAAUGGGACCCAAUGGGAGAUGUUAACAUCAAUGCAUGGCACCCCAUACUGGAUGGCUCCGGAAGUAAUCUGUGAAUCGGGACAUGGGGAGAAAUCGGACAUUUGGAGUAUUGGUUGCACAGUAUUUGAAAUGGCUACCGGGAAACCACCCCUGGCUCACAUGCAUAAGCUGGCAGCCAUGUUCUAUAUUGGUAAAAAGCAGGGACUCAUGCCAACUCUCCCAGGACAUUUCUCUAAGAGAGCAAGAAGCUUUGUUGAUCUGUGUUUAACCAGGGACCAGGAGGAUCGGCCAUUUGCAGAACAGCUCCUGCAACACUCAUUUAUCCGGCAGAAACUGUAAACUACCAAUGUGUCAUCACUGAAGUUGAACCAAUCAGAAAUAAUGGGAUUCAAUAAAGUGACUAAUGAAUAAAGUUAAUUCCCAUUCAUGAUUCUACGCUGAGUAAAUGAGUGGUAUUUGUCAAGAUUUGAAUUAAACUUUGACUGCAAUUAAUAUCAAAUAUAUAACAUACACAGCUUCUCCACUUUCUCCAAGACUUAAACUGUACAUAUUCUUCUAAAUAAUAAACACAAUUUAC